UUUUCACAUCAGUUCAUACUAGACAAAUUGGAAAUUUAAUUGGAAUUGCGCCAUGGGCUAUAUUACCAAGAAAUGCAGAUGGAGAAAAUUUAGAUAAUGAACAAUUACUUGUUAAUCAUUAUAAAAUUCCUGUUGCUAGAGAAAAAACUUUAUUAACACCUUUACUUCAAAAGAUAGAAUUACAUUUUUAUCUAGUAAGAAUUUGUGAUAAAGAUUUAGCAAAAAAAACACAGAAUGAUAUAACUCCUAAAGAAAUUCUUGUUAAUAUGAACAAACUAGAUAAACCAGAAUUAAAAGAUCAUUUUCAAAUUUUAGCAGAAUAUUAUAGGGAAAUUGAUUAUGAGCAAAAAAUAUGUAUGCUUCCUGUAGAAGAAGAUAUAGAUAGUAUUAUUUUUGAUACAGCAAAUUUUGCACUAAUCAUAGUAGUUGAUUAUAUGCCUAGAUUUUAUAAAAUAAGAAGACUUCGUAAUAAAUUACCAAAUAAUGAUUCUAGAUAUCUUACAUCUAUUAAUAGUACUUUUUUGGAUAUACAAUUUUCAUUAGAUGCUAGACAAACAGCUCAAAAUGGUAGUGGUAGUGGAGCACCAAUAGAAGAAGAUCAAAAUGAUGAUGAUCUUUAA